CGCGUUUACGUGGUGACAGUGAAAGCAGCGUGGGAACGUUUCCCAACCUCUGAUUGGUCCGUUAGCCGCUGUUUUUACCACGUGAUAGCGAAGAUGGCCGCCUGCAUCGGGAGUAAAGAUGGACGGGACAGCAUACUGGAGCCGCUGUGCUUUCCAGAGCAGCCAGCUGAGGGUCCCAGCGCGGAGCUGCUGGUGUGUCUGUUGUGUCCGGAGUCGCUGCCCCUGCAGCAGAAAGACGCCCUCCUCAGGCACCUCCUGCUGGAGCACAAGCUGGUCAUCGCAGACGUCAAACUGAUCGCAGACCUACCAAAGUACGUGUUGUACUGGAAGGGCAGAUUCUUGGAGCAGCCGCUCACAGAGUUCUGCAGCGUGAUCAAGACGAACUCCACCGGCCCAGUUGAGAAACAGGAGGACUACUUCCUGCUGUGUGACGUCCUUCCAGAGGACCGAAUCCUCAGAGAGAAGCUCCAGCAGAAACGACUGGAGGAGGUGCUGGAGCAGCAGCAGGCGGAGAGAGAAGAUAGCAGCUUCCAUCAUCUCUGCAUGUUCUGCAGCGAAGAGUUCACUGGAAACAGGGCGUCUCUGCUCAACCACAUGGCCAGAGAGCAUUCGUUCAGCAUCGGCCUGCCCGACAACAUCGUCUACUGCAAACAGUUUUUGGAAACACUGCAGAACAAACUAGACAGUCUGCAGUGUCUCUACUGUGAGAAAACCUUCCGAGACAAAACCACACUGAAGGAUCACAUGAGGAAGAAAGCUCACCGCCGCAUCAACGCCAACAACCGUGAAUACGACCGCUUCUACGUCAUCAACUACCUGGAACUGGGGAAGACCUGGGAGGAAGUGCAGAGUGAGGAUGACCGUGAGCUGGUAGACGAUGAAGAUGACGAUUGGUCGGACUGGCAGGCUCAUCCAGUGUCAGCUGUGUGUCUGUUCUGUGAUCGCCAGUCAGAGACGAUGGACCAGAUCUACACACACAUGAAGGAAGCUCACAGCUUUGAUCUCCACAAGCUGAAGACCGAACUCAAUCUCAGGUUCUACCAGCAGGUGAAACUGGUCAACUUCAUCCGGCGGCAGAUCCACCAGAGUCGCUGCUACGGCUGCCAGGAGAAGUUUGACUGCAGAGAGGACGUCCUGCGACACAUCGAGGCCGAGGGCCACGUGAUGAAGCUUCCCGACAUGUCGACCUGGAACCAGCCCCAGUACUACUUCCCCACGUACGAGAACGACGCCCUCCUGUGUACGCUGUCCGACAGCGACGAGGACGUCAGUGAUGAGACGAGUCACGCCGAGGACGUCCCGGUUAUCGCAGAGGACAUCUCCGACCUCAGAGCGCUGAAACAGACGAGCGUCCUCAGCCAGCUGCUGAAGCACAGAGGCUCCAGCAGCUAAGACGACAGACAGUUUGGAGUCAUGACACGGCUGGACCUCCAUCUGUUGUCUUUUGGACGGGAGACUUUCUUUACCACAGAUGAUUGUGCACCCUCCAUGCAGUUUAAAAGCUUCAAAGUGCAGACUCUGCUCAGAUGUUGGUGAGCAGUUCAGCCACUAAUUUCCAAUCAAGCAAUAAAGAUAAGUGCAGACGUG